UCCAUAUACCGGAAGUGGUUCCUGUUCAAUGGUUGACAUAAGAUAACAAUGGAAAAACAUGUUGAAAACGAUAUAAGAAAUUAACGACGACCAACGACUUCACAUAUUUAGGGUCAUGGAGAUUCCAAGCUACAUGUCUAAGCUGCUCUGCGAACUAAACGAGCAGCGCAAGCGAGACUUCUUCUGUGACUGCAGCAUCAUUGUGGAGGGCCAAGUCUUCAAGGCACACAGGAACAUACUGUUUGCAGGGAGUGGCUAUUUCCGCGCCUUACUGGUCCACUAUCUGCAGGACAGUGGGCAACGACACAGCACAGCCUCAUUGGACAUUGUCACUGCAACGGCCUUUUCGCUCAUCUUGGACUUCCUGUACUCUGGCCGGCUGGAUUUGUGCAGUGACAAUGUCAUUGAGGUGAUGUCAGCUGCCAGCUAUCUUCAGAUGACUGACGUGGUGAACUUCUGCAAGAGUUACAUUCACGAUUCGCUGGAGAUCUGCUCGCGAGGGAAGGAGCAGGAGACGCAAGCAAGAGGAGAGCGGGAGAAGGAGGCCCAGGGGCCGGCAGACAGCAGGACAACAGCUGAAGGGUCCAGCAUAACCGUGUCUCCCACCUCUCAAGACGGAAGGACAGUGACACAGCCCGACACUCAGUGUUCUCACAACCCUCCCUCCAACACCACCAUCUCUGCUGCCUUAAGUAGCAGAACUUCAGAGGAGGGCGAGAGCUCACGGGGGCAGUUCAGCACGGGUAACUCUGUAGAUCCCCCUGUGAAGCGAGACCCAGAGAACCCAGCGGGCUGCUCCUCGGGGAACUUGCUGUUUAGCUUUGUGCAUCCCAAGAUCGAGUUCGACCCAGAUGAGGACAACGAGGAGUCCCCAGAACCCAAGGAAGUGGGCCACUAUCCCAGGUCCGCUCAUUUUGACGGCCGCACACUAGCAGCAAGCCUGUCCACCAGUGCUGAAGCAGCCGCCCAGGAGUACGACAGCUAUCAGGCCAAGAUGAUGCAGUACUAUAGUCCAGGCGUAGGAGGAGGUGCAGUCACAGGGCGCGGGGACGAGAGCAUGGGCCUGGGAAGCUCGGCCAGCAUGGAGAUCCACAGUGACUGGUUUGGGGAGGAUGCAGGGGACGGUCUGGUGGUGUCGGUCAAGCUGCAUAAAUGCCCGUACUGCCCCUACACGUCCAAGCAGAGAGGCAUCCUCAAGCGACACAUCCGCUGCCACACUGGAGAACGGCCUUACCCUUGCCAUACAUGUGGCAAGCGCUUCACGCGGCAGGAACAUCUUCGCAGUCACGCCCUCAGUGUGCAUCGGGCGAACUGGCCUGUGGUAUGUAAAGGCUGCAGGCGUGUCUUCACGGAUGGCAACUCUCACAGUCUGAAACGGUCAGGCCUAUGUGAAGGCUGUACCUGCGUCACCACCACACAACAGGACCCAGGUUCCACAAAUCCCAGCAGCCAGUCAGAGGGCUCGGACCGUAGCAACACAGAACCUGAUUGGCCAGUCUUCAUGGAUGAUGGUAAUGAGGCAGAAGGAGGAACCUGAUGAGAAUCACCCAAGCCCUUCCCUGUUACAUCCAUUGGGAUGUAAAUGAUCCAUAAUAAGACACAAGUCAAGUAAUUUGGCUCCUUGCUAUAUGACCAGCCAUAUCUCUUGUGGGUACUUGCUGGGUCAACAUUAAGGCAGUGACUUAACUCAGAAAGUCUUGUGUUACAGCUGCAUUUCCCUAAAACAUUUAACAAGCAUGGGAAUUCCCAACGGGUAAUUAUUCCAAGAGGUCUUGCUGUUAGCAGCAUGGGCAAACAUCAUCCAUAAGGAGUAAUGCUGAUCUUAACUUCUUGUUGCUUGCUUACUGAUCAUGAUUGAUACUGUUUUAAUCACUUCUGAGCAGAGAUCAACCGAGACCAGAUACAGUGUACAUUUUCAUUGCUGUUGCACAGCACGUGUGACCCUUGGAAAGGAGUGCAAAUAAUCUGUAAGACUACUGUAUGUGCAUUGAUCAUGGUUGAGCAGCAUAUUGAGGGAGGAGUUUACUUUUGAAAACACGGCACUGUAUGUAUGUUCCACAAAACAAACAAACAAAAAAACAAACAUAUUGUAGUACUGUGUACUAAACAACCAGAAGCUACCUCAAUACUGUGUAUAGAGUAUGUAGCCUAUGUUCCAUUAAUUAGUAAGUUGUUUAAGAUUCCUAAGACCAGAAAUGUGCAAAUCAAGUGUGGGAAUUAUGGUUAGAUCUGAGAAAUUUUGUUUUGUUGUAUAAUUUAGUUGCAUCAAUAUCCUGAAUGGAUGAUUCAAUCAUGAACAGUACAUUGUAAUGGAAUUUGAAAAACAAACAAGAAAAUACAUGGGAAAUAUACAAUUGCACUAAA